UAUUCUGCUUAUCACAUAAGGUUCCUAUUUUGAUCGGAUCAUUACAGGAUAUAAAAUUUUGUGAUGUGAAUGAAAAUAUUUUAGUAUACACAGAUCUUCUACCGACACUCGCAAGUAUGUUUAAUGAGCAGGAAGCAGCUUAGAUUAUAAUGUACGGAAGAAUUUUGAUUUUAAUAAGCGUUUUUGCGUCGGCUAAAACAGACGCAUUCAGCACCGAAGCUGAGAAAGAACUUGUCUACUACUGGGGACCAAAUCCCCUGAAACAUUGUUCUAAAAACCAGCUAGCGUUUCUUCGUGUUUUCCCGGAUAAAAAUGUCCAAAUUCUUUGUGUUGACCAUAAACUGGGUAAGCAUGCAGAGGCUCUACUAGAAACAAGGCAGAUACACAAAUCGAGAACGAUUCACGGAUUUGCCGAUGUACCGAGGAUUAAGGACUACAAAAAAGUUCUGCUAGAGUUGGAAGCAGCUAACCCAUUCGAUAGCAAUAUCAGCUUCAAUACUACCCGAGCCGUAUCACCCUCGUACUGGAGAAAUAACUUCACCUUGUUAGAACUUUCGGGCAUGUAA